AUGGCCACCUCAAGCCAUCUCCUUCUCCUCCUCCUCAUCGCCACCGUCUCAUUUCUCACUCCCGCCGCUUCUCCUCAGUCGCUGACGCCGCAAGAUCACCAACACGCAGACAGAAUCAUCGAAGCGAUGAUCGGGGCCGGCGAUUUCCGCGACUGGGCAGCCGAUUUCCUCUCCGCCGUCGACGACCAAUUCGGAAUCCCACUCUCCGGCACCAUUUUCAUCCCCAGCGAUUUCGACGCCGCCGACGUCUCCUCCUCCAACGGCGACUCUACUAAUGCCGGUCGUCUCUCCGUCGCUUACCACAUCGUUCCUCAGCGUCUCUCGUUCGCCGAUCUCCGCCUCUUGCAACCUCUCUCUCGCCUUCCGACUCUUCUCCGCGGAAACUCAAUCGUCGUCACAAACAAUUCCGUUUCCGAUUUCACCCUCGACGGCGUUCUCGUCACCGAACCAGAUCUUUUCCUCUCUUCUUCCGUUGCAAUUCACGGUAUCGCUUCGUCGCUUGAUUUCUCUCGUUACGGCGAUUUCGAUAACGGCGAUACUGCUUUAGCCGAUAGUCUCCGUCCUCGGUCACAUCAUCUUCUUCGUCAUCGUCCUCUUCCUCUUCCUGCAUUCAACAGCAAUCAAACCUCUGCUUCUGCUUCCAUCGUACAUCAUUACUCAACAAGCUCGUUCUUGCUUCCAUUGGCUCUGGCGUUGUUCUGA